AUGCGCUCUGAACCUCUCGUCCACGUCUUCAUGGUCUCCUUCCCGGCUCAAGGCCACGUCAACCCCCUUCUCCGGCUAGGCAAGCGCCUCGCCUCAAAAGGCCUCCUGGUCACCUUCUCCACCACCGAAACCAUCGGAAAAUACAUGCGCGAAGCCAACAACAUCACCGACGACGGCCGGCCCAUCCCCCUCGGGGCCGGCCACAUCAGGUUCCAAUUUUUCGACGAAAGCUUGGCCGAAGACGACCCCCGCCUCCAUAACCUCGAUCACUACUUGACCCACCUCGAGCUCGUCGGCCGCCACCACCUCCCGCGCAUGCUCGCUCAAAACGCCCAGCAGAACCGUCCCGUCUCCUGCCUCAUCAACAACCCAUUCAUCCCGUGGGUCUCAGACGUAGCCCACGAGCUCCGCAUCCCUAACGCCUUGCUCUGGGUUCAAUCCUGCGCUGCGUUCUCGUGUUACUAUCAUUACUACCAUGGCCUUGUCCCUUUCCCUUCCGAUACCGAACCCGAAACCGACGUCAAACUGCCCUGCAUGCCUCUUCUUAAGAACGAUGAAGUCCCAAGCUUCCUCCACCCUUCCACUCCCUACCCUUUUAUGAGAAGAGUCGUCUUGGGUCAGUUCAAAAACCUCUCGAUACCAUUUUGCGUGCUCAUGGACACCUUUCGAGAUCUCGAAGACGAGAUCAUCGAACAGGUGUCCCGGUUCGCACCGGUCAAGCCCGUCGGACCGCUCUUCAAAAGCCCUACUGCGGGUGCCGUCCGCGGAGACCUCAUGAAAGCGGAUGACUGCGUCGGGUGGCUCGACUCGAAGCCCAAAUUGUCGGUCGUGUACCUAUCAUUUGGUAGCGCUGUGUAUUUGAAACAAGAACAAAUAGACGAGAUCGCUUUCGGGCUUUUGGACUCCGGAGUUUCAUUUUUGUGGGUGAUGAAACCUCCAAACAAGGUUUUUGGACAUGAAGCGCAUGUUUUUCCAGAAGGGUUCUUGGAGAUGGCAGGGGAGAAGGGGAAGGUGGUGCAAUGGAGUCCUCAAGAGCAAGUGCUGGUUCACCCUUCGGUGGCGUGUUUCCUGACUCACUGCGGGUGGAACUCGUCCAUGGAGGCUCUCGCUUCCGGCGUGCAGGUGGUGGCGUUCCCGCAAUGGGGCGAUCAGGUCACGGAUGCAAAGUUUUUAGUGGACGUGUUUGGGGUUGGGGUGAGGAUGUGCAGAGGGGAGGCUGAGAAGAAAUUGAUCACAAGGGAGGAGGUGAAGAAGUGCUUGGUGGAAGCUACGGCGGGUCCGAAGGCGGCGGAGAUGAAGGAGAAUGCGAUGAAGUGGAAGGAGGCGGCGGAGGGAGCGGUGGCAGAGGGUGGCUCGUCCUACCGGAAUCUGGAGGAGUUUGUGGAGGAGGUGAAGAGAAUGAGUGUUGAAGUUAUUCACGGGGAAGUCAACAGAGAAUGGCACCACAAAUGGAGAUCUGGACAAGAAAGUCGAUGA